GGCUAUAUGUUUUCCUUCAUGAUAGGCAUGUACUUUGCCUGCGGCGCUUUCGUUUAUUGCCACCAGUAGCAGAUUUCAAGUGUUUUUCAAGAGCUCCCGGCGCAUCAUGGCAUUCGGGGAGCGGCAACACAUGGCGUGGCAUGGCAUUGUUUUCCCGUUUCUUUUCUCAUGUUCCCCCCCUCUAUCACAACACCGCAACGCCCAGGGCACAGCACCCACUCAGGCCACUUCACUCGUGCUAUCCCCACAAUCCAUGUUCAUUAAUUCUCCCCAUAUGUUUCAUUAAUCGCACCCAUUUCCCCAUUCGAAUCCCCCCUUCACUUCGAUG